CCGGCUCCGAGAGUCAUGGCGACCGCAGCGUCUAACCACUACAGCAUCCUCACCUCCAGCGCAUCCAUCGUGCACUCGGAGCCCGGCAACAUGCAGCAAGCCACGGCGUACCGGGACGCGCAGAGCCUGUUGCAGAGCGACUACCCGCUGCAGAGCAACAACCACACGCUCAGCCACGCACACCAGUGGAUAACAGCGCUGUCCCACGGAGACACAGCCCCGUGGUCCUCCAGCCCGCUCGGCACGGAGCAGGACAUUAAACCCACAGUGCAGAGCGCCCGGGACGAGAUGCACAACUCUAGCAACAACCUGCAGCACCAGUCCCGGCCGCCACACCUGGUGCACCAGACGCACGGGAACCACCACGACGGCCGGGCGUGGAGAACCACCACCGCGGCUCACAUACCGAGCAUGGCCACAACGAACGGCCAAAGCCUUAUUUACUCCCAGCCGGGCUUCGGCGUCAACGGGCUGCUCCCGGGCAGCGCGCAGGGGAUGCACCAUCACAACCUAAGAGACAGUCACGAGGAGCACCACAGCCCGCAUCUCAGCGACCACGGACACCCUGCGUCCCAGCAUCAGCACCAGCACCGGUCGCAGAGCCACCACGACCACUCGGACGAGGAUACGCCGACCUCGGACGACUUGGAGCAGUUUGCCAAGCAGUUCAAGCAGCGGAGGAUCAAGCUGGGCUUCACGCAGGCGGACGUGGGACUCGCCCUGGGGACCCUGUACGGAAAUGUGUUUUCCCAAACCACCAUAUGCAGGUUUGAGGCCCUGCAGCUCAGCUUCAAAAACAUGUGCAAGCUUAAGCCUCUGUUGAACAAGUGGUUGGAGGAGGCGGACUCCACCUCGGGCAGCCCGACGAGCCUGGACAAAAUCGCUGCGCAGGGGAGGAAAAGGAAAAAACGGACUUCUAUCGAGGUAAGCGUAAAGGGAGCUUUGGAGAGCCAUUUUUUGAAGUCCCCUAAACCGGCAGCUUCGGAAAUAAUCGGUCUCGCGGACAGUCUGCACCUGGAGAAAGAAGUGGUCAGGGUUUGGUUUUGUAACAGGAGACAGAAGGAGAAACGCAUGACCCCUCCCGGAGCUCUGCCGGGGAGCGAGGAUGUGUACGGGGACACGCCGCCGCACCACGGGGUCCAGACCCCGGUCCAAUGAACUCUGCUGGACCGCUGCUCCAGGACAUGUUUACCCUUUUUAUUUAUCCCCAAGGUUAUAUAUGAAUCACUGAACUAUGAGACGCUAUAGUGGGUGUUUUAUGUAUAAUAGAUUGCAGUGACAAUAUCUGCAGUGAAUAUCUGAGAAAUGGAAAAUAAGUGAGGGGAGGACCGGACGUUUUUUCUUCCUCUCCAAGAGCUAAAGGAACAUAAGCCUGUGUGGUGUUUUCCGAGGAUACAUGCCCAGCACUGUGACUCCAGUCGACGCAGUUUCAAGGUGUAGCCCCUAUUGUGUAUUGAAAUUAUACUUGACGAAAAAAAGGAGGGAGGGGAGGAGGGAUACCUGCUUUUAGACGAGAAGCAUAGCUGAAUGGGUUCCAUUUUUUUUAUAUAUCAACUCACAACAACACGGUUUUUUUUUCCUGUGCGUAAAAGGGAAAGCAAAAGGCGUUUAGUUUUCUAGAUCUAAAUUGUGCGUCCAGCAGUGAUGGUGAUUUGUGGGUGGGUGGUGCAGGAGGGGGGUCAAAGGAGCUGCGUUAAUGGAGUAAACUGGAGGCCAUUAAAGGCUGCAGCCCCAGUCCAGUGGAGUCCAGCUGGGGGUGAGCAUCGCCUAAGUCCCAUCUGUCAGCCAGGCACCAGCACACAGUCGCAAAGCACUGCUUGGAAACAUCCAGCUAGUUGUUCAGUGAAGUCAGGAUUUAGUUAUAAACACAUAUAAUAAUUAUUAUAAUUAUUGUUAUUGUUAUUAUUACAGUUGUGCAGCUCACUGGCUAAACUCCUUAAUAACUGGCUGCAGUGAUUAUUAAAAGUGUGUGACCUCUGUCAUGAGUCAGACAGCAGUGUAAACAAAAGGUCCAUGAUAUAGUUUCACAAAACAAGCGUUAAAUAAUAUCCCCCCCCCCCCCCCUCAGAUUUCAGGAAGGGCUCCGUGUCGACUGAUUGGAUUAUCUGGCACUUUUCCACAACAUGAUGGGCUAUAGAUAUUUACAAAAAUAUUAGGUCACCAACUCUCACAGAACAUUUGGAUCCACUUUUGUAAAUAUUGUAUAACUUUAAAAGUCAUGGUUUCAUCCCUUUUUUUCUUCACUGGGGCACUUUUUUGGAUUGAUGUUGUCAACAACAAACAGGUCUCGUCAUAUAGCCUACCUACUGCCUUGUAUGUGUGUGUUAUUUAACGUUCAUUUUGUUGCCGAAAUUAUGCUCGUUUAAAGUUUGAUAUUUUCUUUGUGGCGCAUUUUAUUUCCAGUCGUCAGAUUUGUUUUAUUCAUGUGAAAUCGAUUUAAUUUGUUUAAAUCUCUAAGGAGUUCUGUUUUGCCAUUUGAUGUCCGCUCUGAAAUUACAUUAGGUUGUGUUUCCAAUCAAAAUAUAGUGCUUUGAGGACUUCAUUCUGAAGAAUCGAUUACAAUGUUCUAAAGGAUUAUCCAACAUGAAUCAGACGUAGAUGAUAAAAACGGAGAUGGUUAGUGUAUUAAAAAAGAAAAAAGAAAUAAUAAUAA